AGUUGAUGGCAGCACCACAGUGCGGCCGCCCGGCCAAGCGCACCGCGCAGCCACCCGCCGCUGCCCUCCGAGCAGCCGAUAUGUGGGGGGACUGGGGUGGGAGCGGCCGAAGCAGCGCCAGGGACCCGGGCGCGCAGCAGCCUCUGCUUGCUCGCCUGUCCUGACCUGGCUCGCUAGUUCCCCACCGAAGAAUGUCAGCCAAGUCCAAAGGGAACCCCUCCUCGUCCUCUGCAGCCGAGGGACCUCCAGCAGCCUCCAAAACCAAGGUGAAGGAGCAGAUCAAGAUCAUAGUGGAGGAUCUGGAAUUAGUCCUGGGCGACCUGAAGGACGUAGCCAAAGAACUUAAGGAGGUGGUUGACCAGAUUGAUACCCUGACUUCUGACCUGCAGCUGGAGGAUGAGAUGACCGACAGCUCCAAAACAGACACUCUGAACAGCAGCUCCAGCGGCACAACAGCUUCCAGCAUAGAGAAGAUCAAAGUGCAGGCCAAUGCCCCCCUCAUUAAACCUCCAGCCCAUCCAUCUGCUAUCCUCACGGUUCUGAGAAAGCCAAACCCCCCACCGCCUCCUCCACGGUUGACACCUGUGAAGUGUGAAGAGCCUCCAAGAGUGGUACCAACUGUCAAUCCGGUCAAGACCAACGGCACCCUUCUCCGGAAUGGAGGCCUAUCAGGUAGACCCAACAAAAUUCCCAACGGAGACAUCUGCUGCCUACCGAAUAGUAACUUGGACAAGGCUCCAGGGCAGUCUCUGAUGCACAGGCCUGAAAAGGACAGGAGUCCCCAAGCAGGGCCUCGGGAACGAGUUCGGUUCAAUGAAAAAGUACAAUACCAUGGGUAUUGUCCUGACUGUGAGAGCCGCUAUCACAUAAAGAACAGGGAGGUCCAUUUGCACAGUGAACCAGUCCAUCCACCUGGAAAGCUCCCUCACCAAGGUCCUCCCUUCCCUCCUCCACCUCAUCUCCCCACUUUCCCAUUAGAAAAUGGGGGACUGGGAAUAAGCCACAGUAACAGCUUUCCCCCUCCCACACCUGCAACUGUGCCUCCUCCCACUGCACCAAAACCACAGAAGACCAUCUUGAGAAAAUCCACCACAACCACAGUGUGAUGUCUGCCAUUUAAGAAAACUUUUUUGUUUGUUUUUAAUUUUCUAUAUGAUAAAUGAUAAGUAAUGAGCACUUUCUACUCAAGCAAUAAAAAAGCCCAAAUAUAUUAAUCUGCAUUCAACAAAGUGGCAUAAAAAUCACCUGGUAAGUAUGCAGUGAUGCUUCUGUCCUGGAUGUACAUUGUUUUACAUGUCCGAUCAUCAGAAACUGCCAAAUAAUGAGAAAAUAUGAAUGCAUUUUAUCUUUUGCAAUUGACCUAUGACAAACUGUGACCUUCAGAUUCCAAGUAUUUUGAUUUAUUAUAAGAGAUGGGAGAUCAAAUAUUUUGAUUUAUUGAUAAAGUCAGGACAAUUCAUUUCAUUCAUGUCUAACUCAUCUAUGCAUUGAUGGAGUCAUAAUCCUCCCUUUGAUCUAAUGUUUUUUAAUAAGAAUUUUAAUAUCGAAGGACUAUUUUAUUAUUUUUCUAAUGAUGUUUGUCAAUAAUUUUGCAUCAUGAAGUGCUGAGGACAAUACCAAAAAGUUUAUUUUCUAUACUAUACAAUUAUGAAUUAUGUGUUCAACUACAUGUGUAAUAAAAUAUUUUGAGCUUUGGAAAUAUGUCAAUAAAUAAUGGUAAAUAAUGAGAAAGCCUAAUUUUCCUAAGGAUUAAUAUGAAGUACGUAUUCCUUUAUAUAAUCAUGUUAUCAUUCACUGAAAGUUGGAGGCAAGUCCCAAGAGUUCCAACAAGAUGACCUUGCUUGGAUAUCAGAAUCUCUAUAUUAAAUCUCAUAACCCAUUUGGUAAGUACAUCCUUCCAACAGUUUCAUAUAUACACCUCCAUUAUGUUACUUCUAGAAUCAUAUGUUGAAAGCCUUGGAUGUUGUCCAAUCAUUUUUCAGAAUACACUGUAGAGAAGAAUAUUGAAUGGUUGGAAUUUUUGCCUUCUGCCCAACUGCACAAGCUCAAGGUUCCUGAAUAGACUCACAUUUAUAGGAGGGACAGUGGCAGUGUCUCAGGUCACAGGGUAUGUUAAACCAUGGCCUUUCCCUUCUCUCUUCUGAGUUAAGGACAUCAGGGGCUUUUUGAUGUCCCAUAUAAGAAUCUUUUCCUUCUGCCAUUAAAUACAAGUCUUUCUCCUCAGUAGUAUUUGUCAACUUAAGAAAUGUACCAACUCAUGAGUCAGCCAGUUCUCAGCUGAACUGAUAUGGAGAGAUGUGAUAUUUGACUUUGAAGUUAAAACUUAUUUAUCUUUACUAGAAUCAUUGUGAGGAAAUGUGCCAAGAGGGAAAAAAGGUAUUGUAAGGGGAACAGUGGAGAGCAGUGACAUGAUGGGAAUUGUUAUAUUGUGUGAUCUGAAAAGUGUUGUGACCUUUUCAAAUAUUUGUCUUUUAAUUUCAAAACUUUAACUUUUGCUGCUACAGCAUGGUAGUUUUAUGAUUUGGAAUAUCCUUUCAAAUAGUUUUCUAUUGAAAUAUGACUAUGUAUUUUGGGGAAGAAUAUAGAAAGAAAAUACAUUUAUGAUUUAAAUGAAUGAUUGAAUAAACAAAAUAAAUAAGGAACAGAGAAUGUCCUGUUAAAAAUUUCCUCAGUGUGCUAUUUUAUCCUUUUGUGUUAUCCAUGAGGGUGAUGUAAUCUUAAUAAUCCAAUAUUUCAGAAAGCUAUAAAACAAUA